UGAAAAAAACGGAGCCUUGGCAGCCUCUUCACGAGAUCGAGAGUCAACAGGCGGCGCUAUUUCGGUCUGAUUUCACACCAUUUUCUAAUCCAUGGUGGGCACGCAUAGGGCGAGACAGACAUGGCAGACUCGAGUACCAGGAUCAACGUUUUCAGCAGUGCUUCUGUUGAUCGAGAAUUUCCAAAGUGUGGGACAUUUACGCAGCCUAAAGAAGAUCAACACUGGGGUGAGUUUGCAAACGUCCAGAGUUCAUCCAAGUCCAUGCACAUAGUUGAUAUGGACUUAGUUGCUCUAAACCCUAAAUCUCUUGAGUUGGAAGGACCUCGUUUGCAUCUUCUAACAGCACAGCAGAGUACCAGUAAACGGCAACUCAUGGCAGAGCCAUUUCAUCGUGAUGCUACGAGCAUUCAUACCAUUCAGUUACUGAAGCACAACCGCCGCAUCCGGACAAUAAUUGCAGCUUCCCAGCAACAACAAGCAGAAAGCAAUAAAUGGGAGGACCAAGGUACAAGACCAAGAAUACAGUCGUUACCAGUAACACCCUUGUUACUGGUUCAAACUAAGAGACCUUGGACUUCCAGCAGUGAUAGUACAUGUAGUGGCCAGGUGGAGCAACGAGAUGAAAUUCAAAAGGCAGUAACACUUGACACCUCUGUGGGGAUGGACACUUUGACAGCCAGAAAACUGAGAAGGCGAGCUGUGGCUACCAUUUGUGCACAUGCAGGAUAUGAAAUGAGCCAAGAUUCAGCCACUGAAACCCUGAAUGAGAUCCUUCAUGAGUACCUGACCAUGGUCUGCAAAUUGCUGAGGGUAGCUGUGGACAGAGAAGCACUAAAAAGCUGUACUGGAUUCCAGGAUGUUUUGUCACAAGUUCUGCAAGAGAUUGGUGUUGGUGACAUAGAGACACUGUUUAGAUUUUGGAAGGUCAGGAUCAAGGAUUACCAUGCCUCCAUCCAGAGGAGAAAUACUCAACUCAGGGAACAGCAUGACAGAUUAAAGAAUCCAAGUGAUGUUGCAGUUUCCAGUGAAUCUAAAUCUCCAAGAUUCAAAGAAGAGCCAUUCAUCGACAUCCAGUUUCCUGAGAGUGAGCAAGAUUUUGAGGUACCCCCGGAUGUUCCAGAACAGCCAAAUCAGCCACUAAAUUUACAGAGUCUUAAUGCAAUGGAAUUAGAAGACCAAACUCGUGUAACAGCCACCAUGACAGAAGAUGAUAAUCACUGGUACCCAUCAGCAUAUGUUAAGUCAGAGGCAGGGACAGAGGCUGGAUCAAGGCAUGAAGAGAGGGAGGGGAUGGAGACUGAUGAGGAGCAUCCUGACCAGUCAAGUUUGAUAUGAAAUAUGCCUCCGAGGAAAGAGAAAAAGGGACAAUUUCAACAUCGUCCACAUCGAAUCUCUUACUUGUGCCAGACGAGUCAGGUGACCUUCCCGGCCCAACAAAUGCAUCAUCACACAUAGACGACACAAUAACAAGUGUGAGGAGGGAGAUUCAAUCCAUGGCAGAAGAUUUAAACAAAAAGCUGGACACUGUCAUUUUCAAUCAAGAAAGCCUGCUGACAACAAUCAAAACUUUGGAAACCAAACACAAUAAGAUGGAGGAGGCUAUCCAGUUUUCGUCAUCGACAAUUGAAGAAAUCCAAAGCAAAAAUAAAUCCAUGUCUGACAGGAUUCCCAAGAUGGCAAUACAGAUGAAUACAGCCCUGACAAAAGCCAAACACCUUGAGGAGGCCACCCUGCAACUGGUGUAGCAUUCCAUAAGUUUUAAGUUAAGGUUCAGUGGGAUCCCAGAAAACCUGAAGGAGCCAACUACUUUCCCCUAUGAUACGGUCAAGAAGAUCCUGACUGAACGUUUCAAUAUGCUGGACGCGGAAAUUGAGGCUGCCCACCACACAGGCAGGGCCCUGAAAGCAACAACGGACAAGCCUCAACAUAUCAUUGCCAGAUUCUUGUACCGAACCGAGCGUCACUCUGUACUUAUGGUGCCAAGGAAGCUCUGACAAACACGGGAAUGUUCAUUCUACCUGACUUGCCAGCUGCCAAUGUCACCAAGAAAAGAUCUCUGCAAGACGUCACAAAAAGGGCGUGUGACGCUGGCCACCACCCCAUCUUCCGCAAUGACGAUUUGUGUAUCCAGGGAAGGAAAUGCACAGCACCCAAAGCCACUUGAGCACAUCAGGGCUGUAUCGUAUAUUUAUCAUCCUAUUAUAUUAAUCUUAGUUGAUUUUCCGGUCCACAAUAAUUAAUUCCCUCCUGUAUACUCAUACACCGUAUUACUGAUUAUUGUAGUGUUUAACUGGUUAAACCAAAUUUUCUUCAGUUGGCUUGACUGUUUAGUAUUUUAUUCUUCGUGUUCAUUUUUUAUGUCAAUGGUGCUUCCUUGUGUGUCUCGUACUCUGCCAGUUAAAAGUUAUCAACAUGAGAUAGUUUGUAAUGCUUGUGACAGUUGUGUUUUAAAAUAUUGUGGCUAGAUCUCCUGAACUUCUUGAGAGAGAGACUAAUAAAGCAGCCCCAAGGCAAAGGGAUGCAGGCCCGUUUGGGUGGAAAUGUACCGCUGGAGGAAUUGAUUGCUGAACCUGCUAAAUAAGUCACCAACAUGAAUGCGACUGAACACCUAGUUUUGAGACAUACAAAGCAAUUCUGGUUUAUUGUACAACAAAAAGAAAGGCAGUAAAAUGACGAUGAAUGUGGACUCAAGUAGGACCCUUUAAUGACUUGUUAAAUUCGCCAUAUGGUAGACCAGCACAAGUGCAAUGUUGACUACAACCAAUGUGUGGUUGACUAACUCUUGCACAAGCUUGACCACCUUACUGCAUGUACUGUGUGGUUUACUACAAUGCUAAUAUACAACAGCAGUGGAGCCUAUUCGAAUGCAUGUGUGGUUUACUUGAGUGCAUGUGUGGUUUACUACAGCUGCAGGUGUCUCUUGUCAACCACAUACAUGUAGAACGUAACCACAAGAAAGCUGGGUCCCAGUUCACCACUAUUCACCUGAGCAGUGAACACCAACGCUGCUCUCAACUCGCGGUAUACGCUCACCUACUUUUGGUUGACAUAACAUAUCUGUGAAGCCUCUACUUCACGUGCAAAAUAUCUCAUUCCACGCACCAACAAAGAACAGACCACUCAUCCUAACUACAUGUGUGGUUGACUAGAUUGCCUCUACGAAGAACGACCAUUACUCUAGGUGUGGCUUAAUUACUACUUCUAUUCCACGCACCAACGCGGAACGCAACAAAAAUCAGCUUAUUCUAGCACCAACGAAGAAUGCUACUAGGCCAAAUAUACACUUCCCGCUGCCAGUAACCUAGCGGUGAUACUCAGUCUUUCUAGAAAGCCUAACCAUUAACAUGACAUCUCCCACCAGCAACUAUAGCGGUCUCCUAGUCAACCACACACACACCACGUGCAGCUAUCCUAAGCCAACCAUACACAACUAGCACUCAGUAAGAACAAAGACUGCUUACCUUAUGGCUUCUCUUCACUGCACUGCUUGCGCACACACUCCCUCGUGCACACGGCACAGCUGGACAGCAUGCAGCCAAUCACAACGCUGCACGCGCUGUCCACAUGACUCUCCCCAUGACAUUACUCACUGGGGAACUCCCCUAAAUUGACCAAUCUUUUAAACUAAACUAAGUCACAUUUUCGCUACAAUAUGUUUCCCUUUGGAUUGUUAGAUAACCAUGAUUUUCAGGUUGUUGCUCAGGGUAAGAUUAACUCACCAUCAACUACCUAUAGUCCAGAGUCUGAAUAUGCUGAUUCUAACAUCCCAUUUCAUUUUGACAACAAUUCAAAUUAUUACUCAAAUGAACAAUACACAAGGGCCUAUAAAUAUGAACGGUUUUUUCUCCUGCAAAUCAAUAUUAGAAGUCUUUAAACAAAUUUUACCAACCAAAGAUUCUUCUGUUCUCAAUGAAUCACAAGUUUUCAGUUAUUGCAUUAUUGGAAACCUGAUUGGAAACAGAACCCCAUAAUCACUAUUUUUUUACCAGGAUACAAACUUAUAGUUAACAACAGACAGGGUAAAAAAUGCGUGGGCAUAGCCCUCUUUCUCCGAUGAGUUUGAUUUUAAAAUAAAACAGGACUUAACUUUUUCUGAAGAGACAUUGGAAACUCUUCUAGUUGAAAUUUCAUUUCCUGUCUUGUCUCUGGUGACUUUAACAUUAACUUACUUGAUUAUAUGGCUCCCAACUCUCAGGCUUUUGUCAAUAUUAUUUCUACUCAUUCUUUAUUACCACUAAUUAAUAAGCCUACUAGAAUAACUGAAUUCUCAGCCACCAUAAUUGAUAAGAUUUUGUAUAAAGUGUUGCCAUCACCAAAUGCAGGCAUUAUCCUGUCUGAUAUCUCAGAUCACUUACCAGUUUUCACGAUAAUGCCACUCAAAAAACCUUCCACUCAUCUAACAUCCAUAAUCGUGUUCAUACUCAUCAUUUUACUUCUUCUAAUAUACGAAGAAGAUCUCCAUACUACUGAUUGGUCUCCUAUAAGAACCUGUGACGAUCCCAACCAAGCAUUCAAUUGAUUUAUUGACAAAUUCAACGAGAAGUUAGACAUUAAUAUUCCUCUAAAAUUAGAUAAACCUACAUCUAGGACUAGGCGUAAUUCUACAGCUCCUUGGAUGACUAAACUUCUUCUUAAACCCAUUAAAAAGAAAAAUUAACUUUAUAAUCAUUAUAUUGCUAAUCUGACAACUGAACGAAAACUGAAAUAUACUAAGUACAAAAAACAUCUUAAUCAGUCUUUUACGGAAUUCUUAAAAACGAUAUCAUGCUAAUUAGUUCAAUCAGGAAAAGAAUAUUAUUCAUAAUACUUGAAAAGUCAUCAACUAGGUUUUAAACGAUAAAUUGCCCUCCCAGUCUAUCAGUAGAAUUAUCCAUGAAGACAAACCAAUUGGUGAUCCUGACCAUAAUAUUGCCAAUUGUUUCAGUGAAUAUUUUGUCAACCUAGGUCCUAAUCUUGCAAAACAUAUUCCCUGUCUACCGAAGUCAUUUACCUUUUUUGAACUUUUAUAACUUUUUGAAUAAUCCCAACCCAAGAUCUUUGUUUUUGAAGCCAAUAAAUGAGAAAGGGGUGAUUGAUAUCACCAAGAAUCUAAAAAAUAAAACCAGCACUUGUCAUUAUUUAAUUAAUUGCUUUAUUAUAAAAAACUAUUACUUCAAUUAGUGAUAGUAAUAAUAAUUACUAUUUAAUUAUGAACUAAAUUUUUA